AUGUUUAUCUUCCGUUUGUACGCACGCUGUUUUGUGACGUCAUCACGUCGAUAUGGGCACAGGUGGCGGUUGGGUUGUUUUCGUUUUCAUUUUCAUAGAAGACUUUUUAAAUUUUUGUUAUUAGGGUUUAACUGUCGUUUGCAGCUACAAUAGAAUUGUUUUCGUAGAGAUGUGGUGUGUAGAAGGAAAGAAAAUGCGUCUUCUUUUCUUCAUCUUUGGGAUGCUACUUUUAGUGAAAGCAGAGGUGGAAGGUGAUGAUUGGGUUGACCCCACUGAUAUGCUUCAUUAUGAUGCCACAUCAAAGUCUAUGAAAAGAGCAAAUGACAACACCCACCAUUCUGUGAAAUAUCUACAGAGUACUGAUCACUGCUCAUCGCCGACCAUGUCCUGUCCUGAUGCAUCGGAAUGCACCAGGAAACUUGCAGAGCUAGAAGUGCAGAUUCUCCAGCUUAAGGGGCCCAAUUCAAAAAAUGAAAAAGACUGCAACCCUGUUUUUAAAAGGUACCUGAGUAAGCUUUUAAGGGACAUUCGGAGGAUUGGCUUGCCUGAUCAUGUUGACGAGGAAGUUGUCUAUGAUGCUGAAGUUCACCUAACGCGACAGUCAGUUUCUGAAAUCAAGAAAUUUCUGGACAAUGAGAGCUGGAAGCCAGCAGUAAUGGAUGAAGCCCUUAGUCAUAUUCUGGUCAACUUUAAACCCCAUGAUUAUGAAGCUUGGAAAUGGCGUUUUGAAGACACAUUUGGUAUAGAGUUAGAAGCACUGUUAAAAGUGCUGAUGUGUUCACUAUUGAUUGUUGUGAUAAUUUGCACUGAAGUUUGGUCGAAGGUUUCCUGGAUGGUACAGUUCAAGCGAAUGUUUGCAGUUUGUUUUUUCGUCAGUAUUGCCUGGAACUGGCUGUAUUUGUAUAAGAUUGCUUUUGCUGAACAUCAAAAAAAUAUGGUUAAAAUGGAACACAUCCAGGAGAAGUGCACAGGAAUAAAAGAAUUUGAUUGGAAAGACAAUCUGAAAGAGUGGUUUAGAAGCACCAUGACUUUAAGGGAUGAUCCUUGCAAAGAAUACUAUGAGCAUCUGGUGGUGGAUCCGAUCUUGAUUGUUCCUCCAACUAAGGCAAUUGCUAUGACCUUCACUACUUUUGUAACAGAGCCUCUGAAACAUGUGGGACAAGGUAUCAGCGAAUUCCUGCGAGCGCUUCUCAAAGAUCUCCCAAUAACACUGCAGAUUCCAGUGGUUAUCAUCAUAGCUGUUACAGUUGUUAUUAUAUGUUAUGGCUGUGUCCAGUCUACCAUUCAACAUUAUGUCUUCAGACGGCCACUGACCCAUCAAGGUCCACCACCACAUGCAUUGCCCACAGGUGGUGCCACACAUGGAGAAACUGGAUUCCAAGAGUUGAACAGAACUGAGCCUAGAGAAAGGAGCGCAAUUCAGAACAAUCCCAGUAAUGAACAUUUGCGAUACAGAAAUGUACAAAAUCGGGCAAGUUCUGGGAAUUUUGUGGAAGCUGUGGGUCCUACUGAUAGACCAAUUACUCGAAUCCCUUAUGAUGAGUGGGAUUCUACAACAGUAUCAAACUCGUCGGAAAAGGAACUGCACAAGAAUGAGGACACUGCUGCUUCCACAAAAAUAAAAGAGCAGAAAAUAACAAAUGAUCAGGUGGAGUCCAACCCGAUAGUAAAUACCUCUACAACAGACAGUCCCCUUCUCGAAGAUAAGGAAGAAAACCACACAGAAGCUUUAGAAGAGAAGAGUCCAAUUGAAAACGUAUCUCCAACCUUAACUGAUGAAGACCAGCUCUCCAGUGCAGCCAUUAAGCUCUCCAUGCAAGAAACUUUACUAAAUUCAAAUCACAACUGCUAUAAAAAUGGAGUUUUGUAAUCUGUAUAUUUUGUAUAGUUUAUGUUUUUAUAUAAAAUCAUCAAAACUAUAAAUACUAAUUACACCCUAAACUGAGCUAAUAGAACAGUGGACCAUCAGACAGAAGAGAAGUGAUGUCAAGAAAGCAGCAGCUGGUUAAACAUGACCUUCAUCUUCAGUGUACCAGCUGAGAAAAUUGGCAAGUAACCUGUGCUGUGCAUAUAGGGGGAAGGAGCGUAACACAGACAUCAAACUUUAACAUCUCAUUAUUCACUAUGUGAACAUUUUAUUUUGGCCAUUUAGAAGAGGGGGUGCUGAGAACUAAUUUGCUUCAUUUUCUAUGGAGAUGAUGUUCAGGCAGCCAUGGGAUGACCUCCGCUUACUGUCUUCUCUGGAACUUUGAACCACGUGAAGACUAAGAGUUGUCAUCUGUAAAAACUAACCUAGUAUUUUAGGUAUGUACGGGAUGUCAUCUAUCUCAGAUUCUUCAUUUGGAAAAAGGAGCACUACAGAAACAAGGGAGACAAACUGUUCUAGGCAAGAUAAAGCUAAGUUUUCAAAAGAACCCAAAAAGAUUAACCUUUAAUCAUGUGAAACAAAAUAAAGUUGUAUUAUAAAGA